UUGGUAGGAAAAAGACCAAAAGAUUUAAUUGCUCCUGAAUCGUUUUGAAAGGACGAGCCACCGAGUGACGCAGUUGAAAACUCAAGGAAUCACCUCGGACAAGAGCGAGAGAGAGAGAGAUCCGAGAAGUGAUGUCUGAGAAGAUUCUCAUUCAGAACACAGACUAAACUCAAAAAACAAUCAUAAAAUCAGCUUAUCGAUGGAAUCAAAUUCCAGGUGGCUUUUGUUUCCCAUCUUGAUCUCUCUCACAUUCUCGGGUCUUGUUCUUCACCAUGGAGCUCUCGCCGAAACUGUUAAACCUGAUGAAGCUAAACAGCUUAGAGACGAGGUACGUGGGAUGUUUUAUCAUGCUUUUGAUGGAUAUAUGAACAAUGCUUUUCCACUUGAUGAAUUGAGGCCGUUAUCUUGCCAAGGUGAAGACACUCUUGGAGGCUAUGCGUUGACCUUGAUUGAUUCGUUGGAUACAUUAGCUUUACUUGGAGACCGAGAGCGCUUCACUUCUUCUGUUCUAUGGAUUGGUAAAAAUCUUCAGUUUAAUAUAAACAAAACUGUAUCUGUGUUCGAGACAACUAUCCGAGUCCUUGGGGGUUUACUUUCUGCUCAUCUAAUUGCAAGUGAUUAUGCAACGGGCAUGAGAAUUCCAUCUUACAACAAUGAGUUACUGUUCUUGGCUGAGGAUUUGACACGGAGAAUGCUUCCUGCAUUCGAUACACCAACUGGAAUCCCAUUUGGAUCAGUGAAUUUGAUGUACGGUGUUGACAAACAUGAAAGCAAGAUAACAUCAACUGCGGGUGGUGGUACUUUGUCAUUAGAGUUCGGCGUGCUUAGUCGUUUAACAAAUGAUCCUGUUUUCGAACAAGUUGCAAAAAAUGCGGUGAGGGGAUUAUGGGCACGUCGUUCGAAUCUCGACUUGGUUGGUGCUCACAUCAAUGUCUUUACAGGUGAAUGGACACAGAAGGAUGCGGGUAUAGGAACAAGCAUUGAUUCCUUCUAUGAGUAUCUCCUCAAGGCUUAUAUACUAUUCGGGGAUGAGGAAUACUUAUACAUUUUUCAAGAAGCUUACAGGUCUGCAAUGCAGCACCUUCACAAGGAUCCCUGGUAUGUAGAAGUCAAUAUGGAUUCUGCUGCUAUUGUCUGGCCAGUAUUCAACAGCCUUCAAGCUUUCUGGCCAGGACUUCAGGUUUUAGCUGGAGACGUUGAUCCGGCAAUCAGGACUCACACUGCCUUCUUUAGUGUCUGGAAACGAUAUGGUUUCACCCCUGAGGGUUUUAAUCUUGCUACACUUAGUGUCCAGUAUGGGCAAAAGAGUUAUCCACUAAGGCCGGAAUUAAUCGAGAGCACAUAUUGGUUGUACAAAGCUACCAGAGAUCCCAGGUAUCUUGAUGCAGGACGUGACUUUGUGGCUAGUUUGCAAUACGGGGCAAAAUGUCCUUGCGGUUAUUGUCACAUCACAGAUGUAGAACUUCAUAAGCAAGAAGAUCACAUGGAGAGCUUCUUCCUCGCAGAAACGGUAAAGUACUUAUGGUUACUCUUUGACUUAGCUGUUGACUCAGAUAACCUCGUCGACAAUGGCCCUUACAAGUACAUAUUUAGCACUGAAGGUCAUCUAUUACCGCUAACACCGCAAAUAUCUCUAGCUCGAGAACAUUGUUCGUACCUUGGUGGAUAUUGUUCAAGCAAUUCCACAAAACGAGAACAAGAAGUCCUUGAAGAAGAGAGUAAUAACGAUGAUCGCAGUAACAUCUAUCCUUACCAUGAAUCUUUUCCAGUUACCGGUUUGAUUAAGGGUUUAUGUCCAGGACUAACACAUGCUCAAAAAUACGGUUUGUCUUAUGCUCUACCGGAGAAGACAGAUCGUGAAGAUGUUAAUCAAGCUAAACCAGUAACUACAAGCAGUUCGGUUGUGUUGAUCUCGAAUACAGUGGAAAAGAAACCACAGGUUGAUGAAGAAGGAUAUAGUUCUCAGUCUGAACCAAUUAUGAUUAUCUCUGGUGGUAGUAGUCGCAACGACCAAACCAGUCAAGAGCUAACCUUGUUAGAGUCAGAAACUGAUGAUCGAAGACUAUACUCUUCUUAGCUUUCUCCCAUUUAUAGAAAAAAACAUUUACAAAUACUACUUUAUUUAGGAAUAUAUAGAUUUGAUAUUUGGUUAUCCGAUCUCAUCAUGUGUCUUGAAUCCUUCGUGUGUUAAUCGAUUGUUGUUGCUGCGAAA